GGCUCUGGCGCUACUGAAGGGGGCCCAGCAGUCGACCGCCAGCGCUGCCCUCAUUGCCAAGGCAAGGGCGAGCGUGCAAGCGGUGAUGGCACUCGUGGAGGUGCACACCACGCAGGAGCAGCAGAGGACCUUGACCGGCUUCGCGGCGACCCCGGAGGAGAGGGUCGACAACCUCACGGCACUGGGAGACCGCGACGAGCACGUGAAGAAGUACGCGUUCAAGUCCGAGGCCGUCAUCGAGCUGCUGAAGCAGCUGCACCAGAGGUUCGAGGCCGACCUCCUCGCCGCGGUCAAGGCCGAGACCAACGCCGUGAACGCGUACCAGCUUGCAGCGGCAGCCCGCGCGAACGAGAUCUCUGCCACCCAGAAGGCCAAGGGCAACAAGGAGGGCGCCGCGAGCGAGGCGCAGGCCGCCAAGACCAGGGCCGACGAGGACCUGAUCUCGACCCAGGCGGACCUCGCAGCAGACUCGGCGCUACUCAGCCAGACGGAGCAGAAGUGUUCCACGAAGGAGGCGCAGUGGGCGGAGCGCUCCAAGACGCGCGCGCAGGAGCUCAGCGCGAUGGAGGCCACGGGCGGGAGCCGGGGGAUGCGCUCCCGUCGGCCUGCCGGCACGGCGACGUCCCUUGACAGGACGGUGGAUGGCGAGGGGGGCACGCUGCCAAAUGGGGUCCAGAGGCCUUGA